GCUCACUUCAACCUGAGUCUCACUGCGAGCAGCUUCUUCUUCUCCACCUCUGAGCAUUAUGGCCGCCGCCUCCAAAGGCUCCAGCAAAGUGAAGUGCGUGGUGAUCGGCCUGCUGGCCCUCUGGGCCAUCAUCUCCAUCAUCAUCAUCGUGGUGUGGGCCACAUCUCCCGACCUGAAGGGCUCGGCCCAGUGCCGCGCCGAGCUGAGGGAAAUCACAGAGAAGAUGGAGGGGGCAAAGGUGGUUUUUCACAAGGACAGGGUGGCCCUGGAGGAGCUGGUGAAGGAGGCCCGGGAGGAGCAGGACCGGCUGAGUGGGGAGAUCCUGAUCCUGCUGGGGCGCCUGAACGUCACCAACAACACGCUGGAGGAGUGCCGGCAGGAAAACGCCGUCCUGAACGAGAACAUCACCGUCCUGCAGCAGGACGUGCAGCAGCUGCAGCGGAGGGAGGCCAACCUCACCGAGCUGCUGGGCCUGCAGGAAGAGCGAGCCGAGGCCCUGCAGCAGAACCUGACCCAGGCCUCCCAUCAGACCGAGACCUGCCAGAGCCUGAAGGCAGCAGCUGACAGUCAGAUGCUGGCGGCUCAGAGUCAGACCAAAGGCUGCGAGUCCCAGCAGAAGUACCUGCAGAAACAGCUGUGA